CUAUGAACUAUACCGCCUUAUGAAUGGCAUGAGUGCCUUGCGGACAGGCGUUCACUCCAAACAGUUCUCGAGUUUCGACCGCAAGGGUACCAACGAUGACGGCGGACCCUUUGCCUGUCUGCGCACCGACCUCUUUGGGCACUGCGUUAUAGGCGAGCACUUGGGGGCCGGGGAGAUAGACUCCAUUUGGAUGACUAGAGAUAACGGCGUGUUCAACAAGACGGGAAAAUUACUCAUUAAACUGGAUGACAUUAUUGUACUUGAUCACAAUUUACAGGACAUACUCAAUGGUCAAUUGGGUGCGCCAUUUGUGUGGCCACUGGUAGGCAAUGGGGACGACACAUCGGGAGGGGGUGUCAUCAAAGUGCCCAUGCCUUUCAAGCGCUCCAUGUUUGUGGCGGUCGACCAAAACCCUAACUAUUAUCACAUAACUUACCGCACAUUUGGCGACUCCACGCACAUCGAGACAUUUGAUCCGUCGGACACCGCCGAAGAUGUUAUCAAACAAUUGCGAUCGUUUGGACUCAAGGAUCCCAAACCGGCCGUAAGUGGUGUCCAAAAUGAGCGCAACGCCCAUACACUCAAUACGACAGUGACCACCAUUUUUGAGAGACAUAACUUUUCCGGGGAAGUCCGCGAACUGCGACUACAGGCGCCCGACUUAGUCCGCAGUCCGCGCACUGUGGACGACGGCCGGGCGUUCGGACUGAACGGCUGGAGUGAAUACAUCGCUGCCGUCGACCCCAUGAAUACCGGCGUCAGAAUCACGAGACGAUUGGAUCCCAAUGUUGGCAAAGAGGUGGCGACGCUUAUAGUGGACGGCACUACAGCUGGCGUGUGGGACAGCACUAACAUCACCGGACAGGGAGUGUGGGCCGAGCAGACCGUUCAGAUCGGUGCACAACUCACUAAAAACAAAACCCAUAUAAACGUGAGACAAGUGUUCGUGUCUUCGGCCAAGGAUUUCAACGAAUUUCGCUACGAAAUCGAUUCACUCGUAAGGGGACAGUGGGUGCGCACCGAUGUGCUGGAAGUGGGACCCAACCAUCCCGGGGAUGAAAAGGCACACCACUAUCAGAUCAGUGGCCAGACUUUCGCCGGACAGCGACUGUUUCGCUACGAAGUUGAACCCAAAACACUUCAAAUGAGUGACCAAUUUCUGGCCACAACUCAUAUCCGGAUCACAUUUGACGGGACAGUUACGGUGGACGCGCCGUUGGGUCAGUUCUUUGGCACCGGACUCGGUAUGUUCGACACCCGGAGCCUGUGGUUUGGUGUCGACGCUCGCAAUCGCGUGUUCAGCGCGUUUUGGUCGAUGCCUUUCGCCAGUUCCGUCAAGAUUGACAUCAUUAGCGCCAAUGUGUCGGACAUUCAUAUUGUAAGCGAUGUCACGUUUGUUAACGAUUCAAACAUCAAGGUCUUGUUGGAGUCCAAACAAAUGUCUCAUUUUCACGCGACACACAAUUCGUAUACAACUACACCAGGAAAUGAUUACGUUUUCCUCAAUACAAGCGGUUGGGGAACAGUGUAUGGAGUGUCGCAUACCAUGAGAGGACUCAUCAAAAGUGGGAAUAUUAGGGACUAUCUGGAAGGGGAUGAACGCAUU